AUGUUUCUCUUCGGGCUGGGCAAGCUUGUCUACGUCAUCAUCCUCAUCAUCAACGCCAUCGCCGUCCUCUCCGAAGACCGCUUCCUUGCCCGUAUCGGAUGGGGCCGCACACAGGCUGCUGAGCCGGGCUUCGGCGCGACCUACGACAACACGAGCGUCAAGGCCAAGUCCGUCAAUCUGAUCGCCAGUGUGCGCACAGUAAUGCGAAGUGAGUCUCUCCUCCUUUUCCUUCACUCUUCCAAUCCACAAAAUCUGCAGCAAGCAUGCAGACGCCCCAAGUCUCCCUCCCGGACAGAAACAACCAGGCAGCAAGCAAGGAUCUCUUCCCAAAACCAGCUUGCUAACCACAUUAUCUUUCGUCAAGUACCCCUUAUCGUCAUCAACACCGUGGUAAUCGCAUACGAGCUGAUCCUCGGAUAA